CGCUGUGAAAGUCGCGACCUGAAGCUCUCGCGACUUUGAAAUCUAUCAACGAGAGUCAAUUUGCGCGCCAACGCGACUUGAGUUAUCAACAUUAUCAACCUUUUCAACACUAACGGCAUCGUAAGGAUCGUUUUGAGCAGGACCGCCAUCAAUAAUCCAAUUACUAUUGAGGUUGUGGUGUCUGCUUUGCGCAAAUACCCAGGCCUCUAAAGCCACUACCCUUUGCGCCAACUCAAAUUGCUUCAACCCUCUAGAUUUUCCAAUAUGGAUGACGACUCGGUAAACUUUGGUUCGGAUGCCGGUGGCGCGACCCCAGGUUCGAUUCUCGCCCAGCCCCCGCUACAAGGGGAGGAUACUCCUGGUGAAGUUGCUGCUGAUGUCUCCAUGGCUGAAGGCGGUGCUGAUACUGGAUCUGCCGUGAAGACUCCUGCUGUGUCUGAUAAUCCUCUUGAUGCACCUGAUGCUCCGAGACGAGAGGGCGACGAGGUCAAGGACGAAGACAUGGGCGAGGCUGGAGAGGAACCCAAAGCACAAGGAAGCGCUGCGCCAGGAGAGGAUGCUGUGGGAGAAAAUGGCACUGUGGAGAAGACGAAAGCCUCUAUCGAGUCGGCUGCUCGCGAACACCUCAUUUCACAAACCCACUCGAUCAUUCUCCCAAGUUACAGCACCUGGUUUGACAUGAGCAAGAUCAACAACAUCGAACGAAAGGCUCUGCCAGAAUUCUUCAACAAUCGGAAUCGAAGCAAGACCCCCGCCAUCUACAAGGAUUAUCGGGACUUCAUGAUCAACACAUAUCGUCUCAACCCAAUUGAAUACCUGACUGUUACGGCAUGCAGGAGGAAUCUUGCUGGAGAUGUCUGUGCCAUCAUGCGUGUACAUUCUUUCCUCGAGCAAUGGGGUCUGAUAAACUAUCAGGUUGACGCAGAUAAUCGCCCAUCCGCUAUUGGACCUCCAUUUACAGGCCAUUUCAAGGUCAUUUGCGACACUCCCCGUGGACUCCAACCCUGGCAACCUGCCGCAGACAAGUUGAUUACCGAGGGACAGAAGAGUGCUGAUACUGAUGCGAAAGCCGCUGCUGCACCCCCUUCAAAGGCUGACCUGAACCUCGAAGUUGGACGAAAUAUUUAUGAGCCUACCGCGAAGGAAUCUAAGCUCAAUUCGAAAUAUCCAGAGAAGCAGGCGAAUGGAGAAGCUCCUACGACGAAUGGUACCUCAGACCCGGUUGCUAAGACUAUCGAAGACGCUGUGAAGCCAUCCAUCACAAAAGUCCACUGCUUCGCAUGUGGUAUUGAUUGCACACGAGUAUAUUAUCACAAUGCCCAAGCUGAUACAGGAGCCACGGGUACAGCCAAAGUUAAGGCUGAUUUAUGCCCCAACUGUAAGCAGGAAGGACGAAUGCCUAUGAAUCACCAAAGCACAAACUACAUCAAGGUCGAGAAUGAGACUUACUCCACGAUUCCGGACCGUGACGCUCCCUGGAGCGACGGUGAAGUUCUCAAGCUGAUCGAGGGUUUGGAAAAGUAUGAUGAGGAUUGGAACGAGAUCGCGGACUAUGUCGGGACGAGAACCAAGGAGGAAUGCGUGGUCAAAUUCUUGCAAUUUGAGAUCGAAGACAAGUACCUCGAUGCUGAGCCAGUCAGUAAGGCAAUGGGUCUGAACCUGCUCGGCACAAAACCAGGCAUGCUACCUUUCAGCCAAGCAGAUAACCCAGUCAUGUCUGUAAUUGGAUUCCUCGCUGGCCUUACUGAGCCAAGCGUCACAGCGGCAGCAGCAGGCAAGACCGUUGACGUGUUGAAGAAGAGUCUUCGAGAUUCGCUUGAAAGACCACAGUCUUCCGACAAGGGCAAGGAGGUGGACAAUUCUGACUCCAUGGAAAUCGAUGUGCAACAGACUACUACCACGACAACAACCACCACAACUACUGUCAAUGCUCUGGCCACUGUACCACUUGCGGCUGUUGCUGCGCGAGCUGGCGGCCUUGCAUCACAUGAAGAGCGAGAGAUGACCCACCUUGUUUCUGCUGCUGUCAACGCGACCCUUUUGAAGAUGGAGCUCAAGCUGAAGCAAUUCAAUGAAAUGGAGCAAAUUAUCCAGGCCGAGCGUAGGGAAUUGGAGCGCGGCCGUCAACAACUGUACCUUGACCGCCUUGCUUUCAAGAAGCGUGUCAGAGAUGCACAAGAAGCGUUGAGACUGGCAGCCAGCACUGGCGGUGACCAAGGACUGAAGAUGGCGCAAGAUGUCAUGAUGGGAGGUGCGGGGGACAAGCUAUCAUUCCAAGCUCCAGCUCCCGCACCAGGGAGUGUACAGCCAUUGAGCGCUGAGGGACCCAUAAAGAGCUACGAUAUCUGAGGCUAGCGGUGGAAUGGGUGUGGAGUGUAAUCAAAUCGAUCAUCAGGCGUCUUAGGGGGUUGAAUAAGGGAUAUCUGGUCAUGAUGCUUCGCGCGAAAAAUCUGGUGCCUCUGUUGCACGUGUAUGGCAAACGUCUUUUUCUUAUUGAACUGAUGGGGCGUUUCUUCUUACUCGGGUUCUGCUCAAGUGUAAUUGUAGAUCUGCAAGUGUCACUUAGAACUGUUGGAAUGGAUCUUUUAUAUAGCUACUCUGACCUGAUUUGUUCUUCUUCCAUUUCCUCGUUCUCUGAUCGCACCGAGCCGUCACCGUGAGAAGCCUCCGAUUCUGGAUCAGAAGACUGAUACUCAGGACUGUGCUGGCGUGGACUCUCAACUUGUAACAGCUCGUGCUGGACUUCCACCUCAUCGUUGCUACCAUCUUGCUGCGCAUCCUCUUCCCCGACUUGAUAUUCAAUACUUCCGUCUCCACUAUCUUCCUCUAAUGCCUUGGCCGCCUUCCUCCUCGCCUUCCUCUCAGACUUCCUCCGAUUCCGUUCGAAUUCCUCCCUCAGAACUGGACUAUCCAUAGUCUCCCAUUCAUUAAGAUACCCGACAUAGUCUCUCCAAUUCUCUCUGUCCACCAAUACAUCUCUGACAGACUUGGGUGCUUUCUCCUGUACAGGAGAUAACGUGAAGUCAAAUGGAGGAACCUGUCCGAGGAGAUUCCAUAGACGAAUUUCUUCUGUUUGGCUGGUGUACAUGUCGUGUGCUUCGGUAUGUACGUCUUGCGCUCCUUCGGGGCUUUGUUGCCUUGUCGGGCUGUUUGGUUUGGGGUGAGACUUGGGGUGGACCGCUACGGGUGUCGGUUCAGAGUCGGAUGUACUGCUAUCUGAGGGUGGCGGGCUGCUCAUGAACUCUUCUUCAGACUGGACGAUAGAUUCGUGUUCGGAUUCGGAUUCGGAAUCAGUGUGUGCCUCGUCGUCUUCAGAAUCUGUAUGCUGACUUUUCUCGGAAUUGACUGCAAUGCGCUCUGGAGGCUCACUCCGAACUCGACUCUGACUUCGAGCUCGACUCAUAGAACGAGACCGGGUUCUUGGAUGCCGUUCUCGUAGCGCCCUUUCAACUUCUUUGUAUGUCAUAUCAAGUGCCUCAUCGUAAUCAUCGUCGAUAACCUGUAAAGAACAUCGUUUGGCGACUCCCAUCCAGUACUCAUGGCUAUCUGCUUUCAAACCCAGGAUAUUGACUGCUGCUUCCACAUCGUUUGUGUUAACUUCUGCAUGUUUGACCUUGUUGGAUCCUUUCGCUCGCUGUCGAGACAUUGAGCAGAACAGGGCAGUCGACACGAGUCGUUUCGUGACAUUGUAGGCAAGAGAAUGGAAAUCUUCGAAUGCAGUGGCUCUCACUGCUGGUUCUUCUCCGGGCUCGGCAAUGGCUUGCCAAUUAUCUUCUUCCCGAGGGAAGCCUGGGUUCAUGAAGAUUCGAUCUGCAAGUUCCAUCCAUGUAUUGAGAUUUAGAAGGACGGCGGCUGGUAAAACUUCUUCCAUUUCUUCCUCAUCGGAUGAUUGCUUCCUCUUUUUUUCGAUUUGGAGAGCAACAUCCUCGUUGAUCAACCAUGUAUCGCCCCAUUUGGCCUUCUCUACUUUCUCUUCCGCGAGCUCCUGAUGAGCGGCAAGAGCAUCACCAGCUCGUUCCAGAAUGGCACAACACUCAUCGCUGAUCUCGACAGCAGUUGGAUAAUCCGUGGGAGCGACCAAUUGAUAGUAUUUCUCUUUCCUCUUCAUGACCCCUUCCAGCAUAAGAUUGACGUACUCCUGUACUUGGUGCUGUGAUUUACUCCCAAUACGUUCUGCAAUCCCCGGAACGUUGUCUCUACCCAGGCUCUGCAGAGCAUUGAACAGGAUGCCUUUCUCGGCUGCUGUCCAGAUUGACGAUCCAAUCUGACUCUCUUUGAGCCCAUCACUAUCAGCCACACUUGAUGCUGCAUCUUGGAUUUCACAGUUCAAGAGUUCCCGGUAUUGGUUGCUAUAGAAACUCUUAAGACGCUUGAUGCGACUUUCUGUUGCUAGUUUAGGAGCCCUUCGCUUCUUUCCUCCGCGAGACUGUCUUCGAGGGGCCUUGAUGUCCUCUGCUUUGGGUGCCUGGAAGCUCGAAGCCCAUCCCGCGGCGUCUUCUCUGACUUCCAGAUUUGGCGUGUUCUUUCCGUCUUUUUUGCUGUGGCUCUUGAUUGCUUUCCUUCCUCUUUCAGAUCCUCCUCUCAAAGCUGGAAGUUCUUCAUCAUCUUCAUCAUGUGAUUCCUCAUCGUCUGAGAUCUCAUAUGCUGAUCCUGAGCUUUCGUCAGGGUACUCAUUCCAUCCCAUAGUCUCCGGUUCAUCCAGAUCCAUGAUGCCGUCGUUACUAGCCCUUCAGGCGACUUUUGUGAAAUGUGCAGUCUUUUUCAGCAAUCCACAUCAUUCUACAGAGCAGUUAAAGCGAGACAGACCUUCCCAAAAACAGAAUAUCGAGCAAACAGUGGAUUUAGGAGACGUGAAGUGUUAGGCAGAGACUUCUCUCAACGACCUGAGACUUUAUAUUGAAAAAUUGCAAACUGUUCCGUAAAAGUGAAAAUAAGCUUUAGGUUCGAGAUUUGGAUCGUCGCG